AAAAAACGAUGAAUCUUAAAGAAAUUCUUUUUGUUGGAUUCAUCCUUUUUGUAAAUAUUGUAUUCGCAAAGUGGCAUUGUCGAAAUAGGCUAACUGGGGGAUGCUUAAAUGGGGGAACGUGUGACAGCGACUCUGGAGUUUGUACCUGUCCACCAGGAUUUGAGGGGUACAAUUGUGGGCUUGAGACCGCCCUUAUCUGCCCCGAUGACAACGCAGCUGAUUGCAGGAAUGGUGGUACCUGUUAUAAUACUGACCAGUGUUUCUGUACUGCCGACUAUAUUGGAGCCCAGUGUGAAACUCCUAUCUCUUCCAUGGAAUGCCGUGGAGAGGGGACUGAUAUCACAGUGAUUGUACCAAACGGUUUUAGGGGAGAGAUCUACUCUCAGAGGGACGGAUCCAACGAUGAUGUGGUACCAGAGGAGUGUAAAUUCACUGCAACAGCAGCAAGACCUGACAAUUAUAUACCAUAUACAUUCACUAUUCCGUUUGACAGAACCAGUCCAUGCAUAAACGCAACACUGAAUGAAACCGUAAAUGAGAAUGGAGACUCUGUAUUUUCGUCCGUUAUUGUGAAGACCUAUAGUACAAUGUUUAUAACAGACUAUGAUGAACAAUUAACAUUUGUCUGUAUCCACUCUACCAGUAAUUACACACUGGGUACUCGACUUGACCAGGUCGAUCUUGAUAAAUCGAGAAAUCUGCAGACGGAUAAGAAGGACGGUGAUUAUUCCCCUGUCAGAAUGAAUGUUCUCAAUGAAGAUGACACCAAUCUUACCGGUCAAGUCAAUGUCGGUGACGUCAUCAAACUUAGGUUCUAUCUGGAUGACGAAACAGUGUAUAAAAAUUUGAGAAUGGAGGACUGCACUGCAAAUGAUACCAGAUUAGAAAACGGAAAUAGUUUUCAAUUCUUGGAGAGGGGAUGUCCUACUGAAGCCGGAGCCGCUAUAAUGGUAAAUACUGAUGGACAAACUCUUACUAGAAUUACCCAUCCCGUCAGAGGAGAAGGAGAAGUUGCUGCUGCAAUCUUGCCUAUCUACGCUUUCAAAUUCAAAAGUACAGGAAACGUAGCUUUCAACUGUCAAUUAAAAAUCUGCCGAGAUGGCGAGGAUUGUAAUCCGAAUUGUGGGGCACCUGCAGCGGACGACGCUGCCCCUGCAGCAACAGAUGUUGCGCCAGUGGCACCAACAAAUGGUCCAGCUGAUGCAGUUCCCACUGAUGUGGCUCCUACUGAUGUCCCUGGUGUCGCCCCAGCUGAUGGCGGAGCUCCCGUCGAUGUAGCUACAGAUGUUCCACUUGAUGCGGUUCCUACCGACCCUCCUGCCCCCGCAAGACGAAGAAGGCGAGCAGCAUCAGGGGAAGAAGGGAAAAUAUUUUCUGCUAAGAUUUCUGUUGUUGAUCCAUUUGAAUCUCAAUGGCGUGCCAAUCAAGUAACCAGUGUACCUCCACCAACAACAGAAUCACCAGCAGAAGAAAAGACAUGUUUCCGCUCUCAGGAGAUCCUGAUUGUCAUCAUAGUUAUGUCUGCGUUUGUCUUUGUUUUACUAGUAGCCUGUCUUGUAAUGUCUUGUACCAUUCUAAAAUUAAGACACAAGUUUAAUUGCCGUGAAAAUGAAAGUGAGUCACAUAUGCCUAGAUUUUUUCUUCCUCAUGCCAAACUACAAGCUUAAUGACCAUAUGAUUUUAAAUUCAGUAAGUAAUAAUGAUUCACAUUUUAAAUCCUUUGUUGGUUUCACCAUUUAAACAAUCUUGACAUUCUGCUUCAUUUAAAGUGCAGCUAUCUUAAAUCUUUAAUUUUAUUCAUUUAUUCAAAAGUUAGCUACAUCUUAAAGAUACAGCAGAAGAAAACCUUAAUUACAAUUUAUUAGUGUGUAUUUUAGUUCAGCUUAUUUUGCUGAUUAACAUAUCAGUCCAAAGAAUAACCACAAUUUUUACUUUCUUACAAAUACUUAUGACAAGGAAAAUAUUUUACUCACGAAUAAUAAUAAAUUGGACUUUUUAUUUUUUCUCCUUUUACGUCCUCAAAAUUAAGUAAUUUCGUGUACAUGAGUUGUUGUUGAAUAUAAAAUUAAUUAAAUAUUUUAGGAGUCGUAUCAUGGCAUUACAAUUAAAAAGAUUGUACGUUUGAAUCAAUAUGUUUGAAAUACGAGUGAAUUUAAAGGUGUUUUGUGUGAAAAUAUCUAUUCUUGUAAGACGGGUUGUAUGAAAGUACGUAUGGAAGGAAAUUUUAUAAUUUGUUAUUGUUAAUGGUGUUAUAGAUAUGAUAUUAUGUAUUAGGGACUAACAACUUACAAUUUGUAUAUAGCCAUUUUCUAUUUUAAAACAAUAAAUUUUAAAA